AUGGCCUCCAUCUCGAUCCCUUCCGCAACCGAAGACGCCGAGAACAUUAGGAAAGCAGUGCAAGGAUGGGGCACGGACGAGAAGGCGCUGAUCGAGAUACUGGGCCACCGGACGGCGGCGCAGCGCGCGGAGAUCGCCGUGGCCUACGAGGGCCUCUACAACGAAUCCCUCCUCGACAGGCUCCACUCCGAGCUCUCCGGCGACUUCCGGAGCGCGAUGAUGCUGUGGACGGCAGACCCGGCGGCGCGUGACGCCAAGCUCGCCCAUAAGGCCAUGAAGAAGAACGGCGAGCGGUACGUGUGGGUGCUCAUCGAGGUCGCCUGCGCGUCGACGCCGGACCACCUCGUCGCCGUCAGGAAGGCCUACCGCGAGGCCUACUCCGCCUCCCUGGAGGAGGACGUCGCCGCGUGCCCGCUCUACAAGGACCCGCUCCUCAAGCAGUUCUUGGUGCGGCUGGUGAGCUCGUACCGGUACUCCGGCGAGCUCGUCGAUGACGAGCUGGCGAGGGCGGAGGUCGCGGAGCUGCACGAUGCGGUGGUGGCCAGAAAGCAGCCGCUGCACGGCGACGUCGUGCGCAUCGUCAGCUCCAGGAGCAAGCCGCAGCUGAAGGCGACGUUCGAGCGGUACAGGCAGGACCAUGGCAAGGCCAUCGACGAGGUGCUCGAGGAAGAACGCCGCAGCGACCAGCUCGCGGCGGUGCUCAAGACAGCGGUGUGGUGCUUGACGUCGCCGGAGAAGCACUUCGCGGAGGUGAUCCGGAGCUCCAUCGUCGGGCUCGGUACGGACGAGGAGUCCCUGACGAGGGCGAUAGUCUCGCGCGCCGAGAUCGACAUGAAGAAGGUGAAGGAGGAGUACAAGGCCAGGUACCACAAGACGGUGACCAGCGACGUCAACAGCGACACGUCCGGAUACUACAAUGGCAUCUUGCUCACUCUAGUCGGGCCUGAGUGA